UCAUAUAUUUUUAUAAUCAAUACUAAAUAAAAUAAGAUAAAUAGAUUGAUUGAUAUAAUUUAGAAAAUAUAAAAAGCUAAAAGUAUAUUAUUUUAAACAAUGAGUCUUGAAUAGUAAAUUACAGGAAGCAUUUUGAUGAUUCGUCCUAUUGACUUUAUCUAUAACGAAUAGACUGCAGUCGAUAACGAAUUCAUGAACAAAAAUAGCGAAGCUGAGACAACUGAAUAAAUUCGUUAAGCAGCUAUCUCUGAAUUCGAUAACUCUGUUGAGCUACUUAAGAAACAUGGUGUUAAUGUCAUUGUAUUCGAUAAAUCAAGAACUAAUGAACUUGAUGCUAAUAUCACUCCUGAUGCCGUUUUCCCUAACAAUUGGAUCAGCACAGAACCUAAUGGAAAAGUUAUCCUUUACCCUAUGUUUGCAAAGAAUAGAGAUGCCGAAAAAAAUUAAUUUAGAUUCAUUAUUGAAUAGCUCUUAGAGUAGUUUUAGGUUAAUUAAGUAUAAAAUUUCUAGCAUAACGGUUAAAUUUUAGAAGGUACAGGAUCUUUGAUCAUUGAUAGAGUAAAAAGAAGAGCUUAUUGCAAUAUUAGUUAACGUGCUAACCCUGAAAUCUUUUAAAAAUGGGCCUAAGAAAAUGGAUACGAAGCUAUUAUGUUCGAAAGCAGAAGCUCAGUCUCAGGUAAACCCUUCUAUCACACAAACAUUCUUAUGAGUAUUGCUUAAAAGUUUGCCGUUGUUUGCAAAAGCUGCAUUGUUGGUGAAAAAGCAGAAGAAGUUGUUGCUAAACUUUCUGAAGAUAGAGAAGUUAUUAUUAUCUCAGAAUAAUAAACUGAAAAAAGUUUAUGUGGUAACAUUUUACAAGUAAGAAACCAAACAGGUGAUAAAACUUUUACUGUAAUGUCAGAAACCGCUUUCAAAGGAUAUACUGAAGAAUAAUUGGCUAUUUUCAGAAAAUAUGGUGAAAUUAUUGCUCUUCCUAUUCCUACUAUUGAAAGAAUUGGUGGUGGUAGUGCUAGAUGCAUGUUAGCAGAAAUUAAUUUACCUCAAAAGAAAAAUUGA